CUGUAUCCUCCUUCCACUCUCAUCAUCAUCAAUCUGGUUCUCUUCCCCUCAAUCUUUGAAGACUAGAAGGAAGAAGCACCAAAAUGCAUCUCCUGCCAAACCUCCUCCCUCUCCUCCCCCUUCUCCUCCCCCAAGCCCUCACCUCCCCAACGCCUCAACCCAGGACCACCCCAAAAGACCUGACCCCCCUCCCCCUCAUCAUCUGGCACGGCCUCGGCGACACCUACACCAACCCCUCCCUCACCGCCCUGACGGAGGUGGUCACCCGAAUCCACGAAGGCACCUACACGCACCUCAUCCACCUGGGCGACGACGCCGCCACCGACCGCCGCAACACCUUCCUGGGCAAUCUCACGACCCAGAUCGCCGACGUCUGCGCCCAGCUCGCCGCGGACCCGAUCCUGUCCACCGCCCCCGCCGUCAACGCCAUCGGCUUCUCCCAGGGCGGCCAGUUCCUGCGCGCCUACGUCGAGCGCUGCAACGCGCCGCCCGUCCGCACCCUCAUCACCUUCGGGAGCCAGCAUAACGGGAUCACCAAGUUCCAGGCGUGUCGGUGGGGGGAUCUGGUGUGUUUGGGCGCCGAGGCGUUGCUGCAUGCUGGGCGGUGGAGUGGGGUUGUGCAGGGGGGUUUCGUGCCGGGGCAUGGGAUAUGA